GGAAGGCGGAAGUGUGCGCCCGCGGGCAGUCCCGAAGCCGGGCUGAGGUGUGCCGAGUUGGCAGCUGGCGUCUCUUCCGGGUCCAGGCGCGGGGACGCGGAGGCGGUCGGCGGGAGUGAGUGAGCCAGAGACGCUGUCAUGAGGCGGCCGCGGGGCCUGGCGGAGUCUGCAGGCUGACGGCCCCCGCCGCCUUCCCGCCAGGCCGCCUCCUCCAGGCAGCCGCCCGUGCCUGUCAGGGCCUCGCGCCCCGCGGUGGUCCCGGCGCCUCACACCCGGGCUCCCGGGCCCCCGAGCCCGCGCUAUGACCGCGGCCGCCGCCUCCAACUGGGGGCUGAUCAUGAACAUAGUGAACAGCAUAGUCGGGGUCAGCGUCCUCACCAUGCCCUUCUGCUUCAAACAGUGCGGCAUCGUCCUGGGGGCCCUGCUCUUGGCGUUCUGCGCCUGGAUGACGCACCAGUCCUGCAUGUUCCUGGUGAAAGCCGCCAGCCUGAGCAAGCGGAGGACCUACGCGGGCCUGGCGUUUCACGCCUACGGGAAGGCCGGGAAGAUGCUGGUGGAGACCAGCAUGAUCGGGCUGAUGCUGGGCACCUGCAUCGCCUUCUACGUCGUCAUCGGCGACCUGGGCUCCACCUUCUUCGCCCGGCUCUUCGGCUUUCAGGUGACCGGCUCCUUCCGCGCGCUGCUGCUCUUCACGGUGUCGCUGUGCAUCGUGCUGCCGCUGAGCCUGCAGCGCAACAUGAUGGCCUCCAUCCAGUCCUUCAGCGCCAUGGCGCUCCUCUUCUACGCCGCCUUCAUGUUCGUGAUCCUGCUGUCCUCGCUCAAGCACGGCCUCUUCGGCGGGCAGUGGCUGCGGCGGGUCAGCUACGUGCGCUGGGAGGGCGUCUUCCGCUGCAUCCCCAUCUUUGGCAUGUCCUUUGCCUGCCAGUCCCAGGUCCUGCCCACCUACGACAGCCUGGACGAGCCCUCGGUGAAGACCAUGAGCUCCAUCUUCGCCUCCUCCCUCCACGUGGUCACCGCCUUCUACGUCAUGGUGGGCUUCUUCGGCUACGUGAGCUUCGCCGAGGCCAUCGCCGGCAACGUGCUGAUGCACUUCCCCUCCAACCUGGUGACCCAGAUGGUCCGCGCCGGCUUCAUGAUGUCGGUGGCCGUGGGCUUCCCCAUGAUGAUCCUGCCCUGCAGACAGGCCCUGAACACGCUGCUGUUCGAGCAGCAGCAAAAAGACGGGACCUUCGCCGCCGGAGGCUACAUGCCGCCCCUGCGGUUCAAAGCGCUCACCCUAUCUGUUGUGUUUGGGACCAUGGUUGGUGGGAUCAUGAUCCCCAACGUGGAGACGAUCCUGGGCCUCACGGGCGCCACCAUGGGGAGCCUCAUCUGCUUCAUCUGCCCGGCGCUCAUCUACAGGAAGGUGCACCGGAACUCGCUCUUCUCCCAGGUGGUGCUCUGGGUCGGCCUGGGCAUCCUGGUGGUCAGCACUCUCACCACCUUGUCCGUGAGCGAGGAGGCCCCUGUGGACGUGGGCCCGGCGAAGGAAGCCCCCGGCGGUCGGCUUGGGGAGCCUGACGGUGCGGUGAAGGCGGAGGUGGCCCAGCUCCCAGGCCAGGACCCGGCUGUGGCCGUGGCCGCAGACACCCGAGACAAGCCGAAGCCGCCGCGGGAGAAAGACGAGCUGGAGCAGGCCCAGAUUAAGGGCCCCGUGGACGUGCCGCCGAGGGAGGGCGCCAAGGAGAAGCAGGAGGAGGCGCAGCUGGAUCGGCCCGGGCAAGGCGUGGCGGUGCCCAUGGGGGAGGCCCAUCGCCACGAGCCCCCGGUCCCGCAUGACAAGGUGGUGGUGGACGAAGGUCAAGACCGAGGAGGAGCGGCGGCGGAGGAACGUGCGUCCCAGCACGUGGACGACGAGGUUCCCGGGGGCAAGGGCCCGGGGGCACCACCUCUGCCGGAUUCAGGAAGAGAGCGAGGGGCCCCGGUCGUGGAGCCCAAGGGGGAUCUUCCUAAAGGUCCCCAGAAGGUUCCAGAAGGGAAUGGUCCGCGGGCUGUGGAGCCCGUGAAGGAAGACCAGGAGCCGGUGGUCAGGGAUCUGCACCCAGGGCCCCAGGCAGGGCCCCCCGAGGGGCAGGACGCCCUGGGGGCAGGGGCCGCGGACAGAGCGGACGGCGUCCCCGUACCGGACCACACCGCAGGUGGGAAGCCAGCCCCCCGGGCCGGGCAGCCGGCGGAGCCUCGAGGGCAGAGGAGCUCGGAGGGCCAGCCUGGGGAGCACGCGGAGGGCCCGGCCGGGGACCCCGCCGGCAGCAAGCUGGAGGCUGAGAUCAAAAAGCUAGUGGCAGACGCCGGCCGCGUGGAGAGGCUGGACCACGAGGUCCUGCUGCAGGUGAUCAAGGAGCAGCAGGUGCAGCAGAAGCGCCUCCUGGACCAGCAGGAGAAGCUGCUGGCGGUGAUCGAGGAGCAGCACAAGGAGAUGCACCAGCAGCGGCCGGACGGCGAGGACGGGGACGCACCGGCCGAGCCUGGGGUGGCCGCACCCAGGAGUAAGGAGCAGGAGGCCCAUGACGGGGGGACAGUGGCGCACCCCGCCCUGCAGCCUGUGGAACCUGAGCUCAGGGCUCCCGGGCAGCCCCCUGCUCCGCCCCAGGGACACAGCCAGCGUUCCCUGCAGGAGCCCAAGGGGGCUGCAGGCAGAGCCCCCGCCGGUCCUCCGGGCGGUGUGGACACAGAGCCGAGGAAAGACCAGCUUGGCGCUGAGCCCCAUGUGGCAGGUGUGCAGGAGGGGGCCCCAGAGCCCCAUCUCACUGGGGCUCCCAGGAGCCCAGAGAAGCCUGAUGCCGGGGACGCCCCCGGACAGGGUCCGGACAUUCUUGGUGGAGGCUCUCAGGAGAGGAACAAAUCCCACAAGGAGGCGGCAGCCGCUGGUGCCCAUGUUCCGGAAGCGGCCGGCGCCCUGGGAGCUGGGGACCCUCCAGUGCAGCCCCAGCAAGUGAGCCAGGACCGGGGAGCUGCAGGCCCGCCCAGCAGGUCGGAGGGAGCAGCCCCCGGGGCCCCGGCUGGGUUACAUCAGCCGGAACGCCGAGCUGUCUCCGCCAGGGCCCAGGGAGGUCACCCAGAGGCAAAAAAGGAGGCCCUGGGCGGGGACCACGUGCCUGCCCCCAGGCAGGACGCCGCCAUCCAGGCGCCCGAGCAGAAGCCAGACCCUGAGCUCAGGCCCCAGCAGGCCGUGCCCGGGGCUCAGAAGCUGGACAAUGUCAAACCCAACCGAGACCUGAAAGUUCAGGUUGGCGCCGACCUCAGGAGGAGACGGCGGGACGUGGCUCCUGUAGACGAGGGACUGGUCCCCAACGAGGGGGUCGUCAUCCACUUUGACCCCUUGCCUGAUGUGCGGGUCGGCGACCUCCGCAGCGCCCUGGACGCCCAGCUCCACCGGGCCGCGGGGGGCGCCCUGCGGGUGGGCCACAGCCGCCAGCUCAAAGAACUGCCCGGGGCCCCGGAGGAGGCCUGAAGCUCCCGGUCUGCUGGCCUCUCCCGCCGCGGCCAGGCCGCCGGGGAGCCGGGAGCCGGUCGGAGGCCAUGCUGAGGGCGGUCUGAAGGCUCCACCCGACCUGCGUCCUCUCCGAGCGGCCUCUGCCAUCACCACGCAACCUGAACUUGUCAGGUGACCGAGCUCACUGCGGCCCCCUCCGUGUUCUGAGCCGGGGUCCGUGCAGCUGUGGGUCCGAGGGCCGGUGCCGUCCGGUGCUGACCUGUCCCAGGCCCAGCUGCCGGCCCAGCCCUGGCCCCCGAUCGCGCCUCAGAAUUUGGUCUCACGUCCCGAGUUGUAGAAAAUCCUAACGUUCUUCCUUGACCACGAGCGCUGCUGCCUGAGGGGCCCGAGAGCAGCCGCGUGUACCCCGCCCGCACACGGCUCUGCUCCGCGCUCCUGUCCCCCAAGUGCCCGGGCUUUAAGAAUAAAACCAUCCCAGUCUGGGGGUGA